UGAUGCAGGGAUCACACCAUGCCAUGAUAGUGCUUCGCAGACUAGAACAAAAGUUUGAUGACGGCAUGAAAAUAAUUCAACAAGUUCAACAAACAUGUGAAUCAACAGCAAGACGAUCUGAAUUGACGCACAGACUAUUGACUACAUUCAUAAAAGAUUUUAUGGUUGACACACAACAUGAGACAGCCAACACCGACAAGCAACCUGCGCUGGACACGUUCGCAGACGAUAAAUUUGGUCUUAAUCAAAACAAAGCACACGGGAAGAAAACUGACAACAAAUCAUCGCAAACAAAGGCUACUCGCAAAAGAAAGAAACAGCCAGCAGAACCACACGGUGCAAAUCGAUUAAGGUCUCCAUCAAAAAGGCAACAUAAACCAAUACAUGACAAGGACGGUGACUUUAUUUACUAUGGCAAGAACAAGCCAACGCAGCCACUAUACAUGCCAACAAGUAUUACCAGGUUCAAUUAUAUUAAUUCCCAACAUAUGUUCAAAAUCUAACUGUUUCCCAACCUUGCAGUUGCUGAUUUUAAGUGUACCGAACAAGAUGCUCCAACUAUUGAAUACAUCAAGUCCGCACCAAUAAAGAAAAAAAUGGUGCAUAUCAACGAUAUCGUCAUAACAAAAGAAACUAUGGAAAUUCUUAUUGAACCUGGAAGAUGGCUCA